CCCCUGUCCCUUGUCACAGUCCCCCCCCAGCUCCAACCAUCCCAUUCCCACCGUCCCUGUGCCCUCUGCCCCCCGUUCACGUGUCCCCGUGUGUCCCCGCUGUCCCCGCGCGUCCCUCCCGCGGUCGCGGCCCCUUUAAGAGCCCCCGAACCUCGCUAUGCCCAGCCACUACUUCCGGGUCUUUUGUCCCCGCCCCUUCCGCCUCCUCCAAUGGGCAGCCAGCUUCUACAGAGGCGCGCGCGCUCGGCCGCUUCCUAUUGGCUGGGUUGGAGGAGGCGUGGCCGCAUUUAGCCACGCCCCCGAGGUGGCGGGGGCUCCGCGCGGCCGCGAUGGAGCUGGAGCAGCUGCGGAAAGGCUACCGGGGGGACAGCGAGGCGUUCGAGGAGUGCCACCUGGUGUCCCCCGAGCCCCUGGAGCAGUUCCGGGCCUGGCUGCAGGAGGCGCUGCAGUGCCCGGACAUCGCCGAGCCCAACGCCAUGUGCCUGGCCACCUGCUCCAGGGACGGGCGGCCCUCGGCCCGCAUGGUGCUGCUGAAGGGGCUGGGCCCCGACGGGCUGCGCUUCUUCAGCAACUACGAGAGCAGGAAGGGCCGCGAGCUGGACUCCAACCCCUUCGCCUCCCUGGUUUUCUACUGGGAGCCGCUCUGCCGCCAGGUGCGCAUCGAGGGCUCGGUGCGGCGCCUGCCCGAGGAGGAAUCCGAUCGCUACUUCCAGAGCCGGCCCAGGGGCAGCCAGAUCGGGGCCCUGGUCAGCCGGCAGAGCACGGUCAUCCCCGACCGAGAGUACCUGCGGAAGAAGAACGCGGAGCUGGAGGAGCUGUACCGGGACAAGGCAGUGCCCCGGCCGGACUACUGGGGCGCGUACCUGGUGGAGCCGGAGGUGGUGGAGUUCUGGCAGGGCCAAUCGAACCGGCUGCACGACCGGAUCGUGUUCCGGCGGGUCCGGGACCGCGCGGCGCCGCUCGGGGCCAUGACGCACCGGGGCCACGGCGACUGGGUCUACGAGCGCCUCUCGCCCUGAGCCCGCCGCCGAAUGUCCCCAAGGAAUGUCCCCAGGUGUCGCAGCCGCCCCGCCCUGUCCCUCGCUGUGUGCUGGGGGAUGGCUUCGGAGCCGCCCUCACCUCGUCUGCAGCCAGCCCCGGUGGUUAAUUAAUCGUGUUAAUGAUCGUGCAGGGUCCGGCUGGGACCCCAGUGACCCCCUGUCCCUGUCCCUGUCCCUGUCCCUGUCCCUGUCCCUGUCCCUGUCCCUGUCGCUGUCCCUCGCCGUGGGCUGGGGAAUGCCUUCAGAGCUGUCCCCACCCCGGUGCGUCCCCAAAUCCGUCUGCAGCCGCUGCCAGUGGUUAAUUAAUCGUGUUAAUGAUCGUGCAGGGUCCGGCUGGGACCCCAGUGACCCCCUGUCCCUGUCGCUGUCCCACCACUGCCCUCUCUCUCCAUGUUUUAGCUGGAAUCGUGCGAUGUGCUCAAUUCCCAGUUCAUUACUGCUGUUGUUUAAUUAACUCAAAUCGUGUCGCCGCUGGCCUGGCCUGGCCGGGGGCCGUGAGACCCCGGCCCUGAGCCCGCCCCCUCCUCCCGCUGCUGGAAAAGAAUAAAUCAGGAUUUAUGUGA